GGAGUAAGCAAGUAUCGGCGAGGUAGCGCAUACAUGCGCAUAUACAUUUCGUGGCAUUGCACUCGUUGAGCGUCCGUACGCGUUUGCUUUGGAAUAGAUAAUCUCAGUUGUUUAAAGAAAUGGUGGUACCGGCGGAACACGCGCUUCACGAGGCCAUUCAGGUUUCGCCACUUGUAAUAUCGAACGAUAUUAGGAAACAAAAAAUUGAAAAUCGAUUAGCACCAAUGCGUUUUUCCUCAACGACUGUUAAAAAGAUUCAAGAUACAUUUGUCUCAGAAAUGAACAAAGGUAUCCAUCAAGAACCGUCAUCCUUACAGAUGGAAAACACUUACGUACCGGAACUCGUUAAUGGAACAGAGGCGGGACUUUUUUUAGCGCUAGAUCUUGGAGGAACUAAUUUUCGAAUUCUUUUAUUGGAAUUGAAGAAUGGCGCAGUUGUUAGGGAGGAAGUGAAAAAUUAUCACAUCGGAUCUGAAUUAAGGGUUGGCCCGGGUCUUCGUCUGUUCGAUUAUUUAGCCGAAUGCGUCAGUGAUUUCGUUAUUGGCCAGGGUCUUCAGAAUGUCGAAGUUCCUUUAGGAUUUACAUUUUCGUUUCCAAUGGUUCAACACUCUCUCGAUGUUGGAAUUUUGGUGACAUGGACUAAGAGUUUCAAUUGUCCAGACGUUGUGAAUAAGGACGCAGUUCAAUUACUCCGAGAUGCACUUGCUCGUCGAGGUGAUACCAAAGUAAGAGUCGUAGCAGUGUUGAAUGAUACCACAGGAACUCUCAUACAAGGAGCCACGUUAGAUCCCAAUACAGCUAUUGGGCUCAUCCUGGGUACAGGUAGCAAUGCUUGCUACCUUGAACGAGCUGACAGGGUCGAACAUUGGGAACCAGAAAGACAUGGAGAAAGAGAAGUCGUGAUAGAUAUCGAAUGGGGUGCCUUCGGUGAUAACGGUGUUUUAGACUUUAUUAAAACAGACUUCGAUCGCGAGAAUGACGCAAAUUCGCUUCUCGUAAAUUCGUUUACAUUUGAAAAAUAUAUCGGUGGAAAGUAUCUCGGUGAAAUAGUACGUAUCGUGCUCGCUAAAUUCGCAAAAGAAGGACUUAUAUUUGUAGAUCAAGAUCCAGCGCGUUCUUUCUUCAUACCAGGAACGCUUACCUCAGAUUUGGUAUCAUAUAUUGAACAAGACACCGUAGAUGGCAGUACCGAUAAUACAAAAGAAGUUCUAGCAAAAUAUGAUAUCAUUCCAACGGAAGAUGACAUAAACGUAGUACAAUACGUGUGCGAAGUUGUUUCUAAUCGUGCUGCUCUUCUCGUUUCUAUAUGUCUUGCGGCGUUGUUGGAACGAAUUGAUAAAAAGGAUGUGACGAUUGCGAUCGAUGGAUCUCUGUAUAAACAUCAUCCUCGAUUCGAAAGUUGGAUGAAUCAAUACAUUGCUUUGCUUGUCCCUAGUCGUAAGUUCAAAUUGAUUCACGUUGAGGAUGGGAGUGGAAAGGGUGCAGCGCUUGUUUCCGCGAUCGCGCAGAGGAUUAAAAAAAGAUUAACGUAAUUAUUAUCGACGGAGAAGUGACUAAUAUUCGCUACUUCGUUAAUACGUAAUAUUAUAUCAGUAGUGCAAGCAUUCCAUGGCAGGACAAUUUCCUGGUUGUGUUAAAAAAAAAAAGGGUAAUAGUCAAAAUGAUAUAACGUUAACUAUACUUUCAUUAAAGUUGUUGCAUUUACCAUCUUUAACCACGUUAAGUAUCAUCUUUAGGAUUUUCGUUAGAAGACAUUGUCGUUCCCUAAAUCUUCGGAAAGAAACUUUCUCUCUCAUCGGCAAUUUCGAUUCGAUAAAAAUAUAUAUAUAUAUAUAUACACGAGUUUUAAUCUCUUUUGUAAAUACAUUUUCCAUAAUCAACGUAGAGUGAGUUAUAUAGAAGGGUUCGUUUUCUUUUACAAGGAAAAACCUUACUUUACUAUAAAAAUGUGUAGUACAAAUCGAUGAAACGUUUGUAAAUUAUAAUCAAUUCGUUGGAAACAUAAUUCCGUGAUAUAAAUAUAUAAAUAGAUAGGGAAAAGGAGGAUAAGUAACAUAAUUAUUCGAUUAAGAAUAAAUGUAUACAGAAAUUGAAUGAAUAUGCAAUGAAAAAGUUUCAUCAAAAUUUUUGUGAUAGUAGAUGCACAAAUAAUAAUAAUAAUAAUAAUAAUAAUACUACUAUUACUACUAUUACUACUAAUAAUACAAAUAAUAAUAUGUAAGAAUUUGACACUCGAAUCGGCUGUUAGAGAAAACAUUAAAGAAAGUUUCAACGAAGAUCUGUUGUUAUAUCUAUAUUAGUAAAAAUUAAAAAUAAAAAAAAAAAAAAUUAAAAAAAGAGAAAA